UAUCCUGGUCUGGGGGUGAGGGUGCGCCGCACAGCUCCUGUAGCUGUCGCGGUUUCCGGUGCUAGGUGGAGGGAAGGAAGGAGGGAGCCGGGAACGGGGCCAGGGGAGCAGCCGCGCUGAAAUCGGCGGAGGGAGCCGGAGAGAGUGGAGCGAGAGCCGAGCGGAACCUGCGGGGGCGGAGGCGGCGGCCGCAGCGGCGGAGCUGGGAGCAGGAACAGGAUCAAGUCCUCCAUACCAGGGACCAAGCCAAAACCUGACUGCCACUGCCCUCACUGCGCCCUACUGUCCUCAGAAAGCGGCUGCUGUGAUCAUGGGUAAUAUCUUUGGAAACCUUCUCAAGAGCCUGAUUGGGAAGAAGGAGAUGCGCAUCCUGAUGGUGGGCCUGGAUGCCGCAGGAAAGACCACCAUCCUGUACAAGCUAAAACUGGGCGAGAUCGUCACCACCAUCCCCACCAUUGGGUUCAACGUGGAGACAGUGGAGUACAAGAACAUCAGCUUCACAGUUUGGGAUGUGGGUGGCCAGGACAAGAUUCGGCCUCUCUGGAGACACUACUUCCAGAACACCCAAGGGUUGAUAUUUGUGGUCGACAGCAAUGAUCGGGAGCGAGUAAAUGAGGCCCGGGAGGAGCUGAUGAGGAUGCUGGCAGAGGAUGAGCUCCGGGACGCUGUGCUCCUUGUCUUUGCAAACAAACAGGAUUUGCCUAAUGCUAUGAACGCUGCUGAGAUCACAGACAAGUUGGGCCUGCAUUCCCUGCGUCACCGCAACUGGUACAUUCAGGCCACCUGUGCCACCAGCGGGGACGGGCUGUACGAAGGCCUGGACUGGCUGGCCAAUCAGCUCAAAAACAAGAAGUGAGAGCCAGACAGCCCUAUCCGACCACCCCACCCACCCCUACUGUCUCCCUGCCCCAGCCCUACCCUUUCCUUCCUGUUGCCAGUGUGGCCAGGGCCCUGGGUUUCAUGUCCGCAUGCCCAACAAGAGCCUUGCCGCCCCUUCCCUCCCCUCCCCUCCCCUCCCCCAUCCAUGACCAGUCCCCAGUCGCUGUCCUAAUGAUGAAUCAUUCCAAUUUACCGGAUUUAAAACAAAAACAAGGUUGUUAUGGUUUCAUGGGGUGCCCCCCUCCCCAAGCUCUGGGGUUGGGAGGUGGGAUGGGGUAUUCUCUCCAGUUUGCUUCGUUUGGCUCCGGUUGGUGUGCUCUUGGCAUCUGAGUCCCUUCUCUCUCCCCAUAGGCCCCUCUCCUGCUCCCCGUCUUCCUUUCCUUUGCCGCUCUCCCCCUGUUCUACAUGGAAAUUGCACGGGCCUCUCUUUGUGUGCGUGCAUGUGUGCGCGUGUAUAUAUCUGUAUAGAGAGAUAUAUAUGGGGGCCAAGGAGCGGGUGGAGGACGUGGAGUGCAGCUCAGGGCUUGGAGCCAGGACACUGCCCACUCUCGCCUAUCAUCUUCCCCUGCCAUGUUGGUGAGAUAAAGGGAAGGAGGGGGAGGGAAGGCUGCCCCAGUCCUGCACUGGUUCCUCUCCUCUGCAGGUAGGUGUUUUCCUGGAUGAUAGGACAGAUGAUGGACUUUCUGCCACCAUCUUCCUUUAUCCCUCUCUCCACCCCACUUAGGGCAGGGGGGUGGCAUUUAUCUCUAGAUGACUGUUCCCAAGGAGAUGCCAUUCUGCCCUGCCUUUUAGUGGGAAGGAGAGAGGAACCCACUCACUCUUACCAGCUCAGAGUGUUCAACUGAUCCUCCCCCUCAUCCUUAAAUCUGUUCCUCAGGAGCUUUAGGUGGGAGGUGGGGAUAGGUAGCAAGACCAUGGGGUGUAUUUGGGACCCAGGGCACUGGGGAGAGGGGCUCAGGUUUUCCAUCUUCAUCCUCUUUUGUUAUUAGGAGAAGGUGAUACACAGAUCAGUCCUAUUCCUGCCUUCCUAUCCCCCUAUCUUCUGAUCUUGGGGCUGGGUGGUUCAUCUGUCCUUUGUCAGAAGUUUCCUCACCCUGGUAGUUCUGCUGGUCUGACCAGAGCUGGCUGGCUGGUUUAAUGAGGAGCGGGGAGUGGGGGUGACAUAGCAGACCUCAGUAUCAAUCCCCCUGUUCUCCAGUUCUCUCUAGUCCAGGAUGUGCUGAAGGAUGAAAAUUUUCUCUUUCCAGACCCUCAGACCAUCCUGCUGUCCCCCCUCUCCAUCCCAGCAGCUUUUCCCUGCCCUCUUCACCCACUUCCCAUAAAUGGAUCUGGACGUUGGAAUGGAGGGAAUAGGACUCUGAAGUGCUUGUUGGUGCUGGUGGGAUGCGGCGGUCUUCAGAGUCCUCCCUUCAUUAUGAUGUAGUUGUUCAGAAGCUGCUGCUACUAUGUCUCUGUCUACAGGAGGCGCUUGUCCCUGAGAUCCUGGCCUGGGUCCUGACUUCUGCGGUUUCUGUGAAGCCGUGGCUUUUCUGUGGGCUCCUGUGUGUGCUGGCUGCGCCCUGAGCUCCAAGACGGCCGCCUGUAACCUUUCUGCUAACGUCAGGGCCCAGGGCCUCCACAGCGUGGCUGGGGGACCCCUUCCCAGAAGGGCUGUCCCAAGCCCCACCCCAUGGGACUAGGCUUCCUGUCACCUUUGUCUACAGCAGGAGGAUCAAUACCCCCCAGCCCACCCCAGACUGAACUGUGAAAGAGAGGUUCCAGGGGUGUCUCCCUCAGUGCCAGCUCCUUAGUGGUGUGUUACUUACCCAAGGUGCAGCGGGUGUGUGCAGGUCUCUUGCUCUCUAGGCCUUUGUGUGUAUGUGUGUAUGCGUGUGUAUGUGUGUUUGGUGGGGGGAGGGGGGUGCUGGAGCUUCUGUCUCAUUUUAACAUGCGUUCAUUCCCCUGACCCCACAGAUGCUUCCCUCCACACUUUUUCUUUGCCUCUGUCUCUAUUUUGUCAGAUUUUUUUUUGCUCCUGCUCCUGUUGCCUCUCCCUCCCUGAACCCUUUCCUUUGCCUUCUCAACUUAAUCACUGCUGUUGCCUAUUUGUCUCCCCUUUCCUUGGUUCUUUCCUACUUAGGAUUCUUCACUCUGUACCUUUGUGGUUGGUGAGGACUUUGCCUCUUCUCCUGCCUCACGCCCUCUCUGACCCUGCCUAGGUAGAUGCCAGUCCCAAAUGGGUUUUUCUCAUUUUAGACCCACCCCCACCUUGGUUUUGGGGGCUUCAGGGACUAGUGGGGCUGAGGGUGUUAGGAAGCAGCCUUAGAGGUUACGUAAGUGCUGCUUGAGGAUCUGUCCAGCAGGGGGCAGUAAGUGAUCUUGGUAGUAUCCCAGGCUGCUAGGCCUUUGGCAGGGGUGGUCCUUUCUACAUUCCCAUUCACCUAAAAGCUCUUUUGGGAUUGGGUGUUUCAUUCCACUUCUGCCCACUCCCUCCCCCACUCUCCUCCGGUAGGUUUAAUUUUUUGCUUUCCUUUGUUGCAGCCUUUCUUCUCCCUGGGGAUUUCCCCUAAAUUUCCCCCCUAAAAGUUUGUGGUGUUACAGUGGUAACUGCAGUUCUGAACUGGUUUUUCUCUUCUUUUUUCCUUCUCUGGAAUGUAGACUGUAUAUGUUUAAUAACUCACCUUCUCUCUCCUUGCUCAAAAUGUGGGAUACGCGAUGACUGUGACCCUGGUUGGAAAUUAAACUUGUUUUAUGCA